UUUGCAGGUUUCAACUGAAUGCAUUGGCUGAGCUAUGAAGAAAGGAUGCUUGGGAAGGAGGGGAUCUGUAUUCGAGAGAGGAAUCCUUUUCUUCCUUGUUCUCAUCUGGUGCUCCAAAGGGAACUGCUUUUGUCCCUUCAGGUGCAUCUGCAACGAGGACACCCUAACAGUAUGGUGCGAUGGGGCAGGGCUGGAUGUGAUUCCCAUCACCCUGAAUCCAGUACUGCAGGAACUGCAUUUGAAUAGCAACAAAAUCAAGAGCAUCGCUGCUUCUUUCACAGUUUAUCAUCACCUCCAUUAUCUUGAUAUGUCCCAAAACUUGCUGACAUCACUUGGAAGUGAUAAUUUUGCGGAACAGAGGGAGCUGGUGGUGCUGCAUCUCAACAGCAACAAGAUAUCUUCCUUGAAAAGUAAAGCUUUCGUGGGCUUAUCCUCGCUGAAAAUCCUGCGUCUUGAUGGCAACCUUAUUUCAGACAUUGCCGAUGACUCUUUUGAACCUUUACAUAGUUUAGAAAACUUAGAUCUUUCCAGGAAUCGCAUAUCCACAUUAUCCUCUUCUGCCUUUUCGGGGCUGAUCAACUUGAAAGAACUGUAUCUAAGAGAUAACAAACUCACCCGUGUCCCUUCGGAAUCUUUCCAGAACAUUAUUUCUCUGCGUAGCUUGGAUCUGGGAAUGAACUUCAUGUACGUCGUCCCUAAAAACUCUUUUCACUACUUGCGUCAUCUUCAAGUUCUCAGUCUCGACGGCUGUGGUAUUCAUAUCAUCGAAACUGGUGCCUUUCUCGGACUGGAUAGCAUUGUGUCCCUUUUCCUUCAGGACAACGAACUUCAAAAUGUGCCUAUAGACGUCCUUAUGGAUAUCCCAUACCUCCAAGAACUACAUGUGGGUCGUAAUAAGUUGCAGAGGUUGGGUCCCAAUGACUUUCGAGGCCUGCGAUCAUUGAAAACCAUAACCGUGAAUGGAGAGGAGGAACUCGAAGUCAUUGAAAAUGGGACCUUCGCGGAUAACCAUCAGUUAGAACGCCUUAUUAUAAGCCACAAUAAAAUCUUAAAUUUCGUCGAACAGGGAACCUUCCGCGGGUUGGAAAACCUCCGAUUUUUGAGUCUCAGGGGUAAUCAAUUCACUACAUUCCACGAAGAUAUGUUAUCCUGGGACAAGUUGGAGGUUUUUGACGUACGUGAUAAUCCCUUAACAUGUAACUGCAGCCUCAUGUGGUUAUGGCAUCUGUUGAAGCGCGAGAAUUUUACAUCCUACAAUGAAGACGUUACGAGAGUGCGCUGCAAGAACCCCCCUACCGUGAGCGAUCAGCUCCUGACCGACAUUGAGCCAGCGGACCUGGACUGCGAAGGUCGAUCGCUGAAGCAGAUCCUGACGAUAGCCGUUACUGGCGCCGGAGUCCUUCUGGCAGUCAUUGUGAUGCUCGGAUUUUGGCACCGGUACAAAUACGCGGCCAAACAGAAGAGCAAACUGGGUCAGAGCAAACGAACACUUUAUCAAUACGGACAGAACUCGGAGAAUUUUUCGCCCAUCCUUUCCCAGAUCGUACAGCAGCCUUUUAAAAGUUCGGCCAUCGCCGAAUUAUGAUAAUGUCAAAGCAAGGAAAAAAGAUAAAUCUCCUGUCAUACUCCCGAUCUCAAAGAAAUACAAACUAAAUCUUCUCUCCUCUUCUUUAGAUUUGCCGAGAACAUUCGUGAAGAAUUUGAAUCGGAAGAGAUUACCUAAUUCUCUCUCUUUCUCUCUUUCUUUAAUUUCCUUUAAAUUUAUUUAUCUUGUUAUUCGAAUAUAAUCGUAUCAAAUAAAAGUUUUCUAUAGCGUGAAUCA